AUGAACAAUUUAGGCUUGGAAAGCACCUUGGACCCUUCCAGAAUAUCUGCUACCCCUGUAUCCACUACCCACAACCUUCCGCAGGAGUCAGCACGGACCCUGAAUGGGGACACGAUCUUGUCGGGUGGUACCAUGCCGGAUUCAUCCGUUUGUCAGCUGACCGUUUCCUCAAUACAUUCACAUCUACUACAGAAGUUUUAUAAACAAGAGCCUUCAGAUGACCCCAUGAAUAGAAAUCUGGAGGAUUUAUAUAAGGAUUGUGAGCUUCUCAAACUUGAGCUCCUGCAUAUUCAAUCCAGCGAUUAUGGUAGGUGAUGUCGA